AAGCACCUGCCCAUCAGCCUUCCUUCUCCUAGCUUUGUCUCGGUUGUCUUCUGGUCUUGCGCUCUGCUCUUGGACUAAUGGCCCAUGGGAAGAGGUCUAGGCAGCAGGCCGAGUCGACCUCGGUCAGCCUGCUGGACCUGGACAGCGGCGACAUGGCGCGCAUCCUGCUGCUCUUCUCCGGCCACCACCAGCACCACGCCCACUACGGGCCUUCGUCGCCCGAGAGGGUGUUCGAGUGCAAGACCUGCAGCCGGCGGUUCCCGUCCUUCCAGGCGCUCGGCGGGCACCGUGCUAGCCACAAGAAGCCGCGCCUGGCGGACGGCGCCGGCGCUGAGCCGCCCAAGCCCAAGGUGCACGGCUGCUCCAUCUGCGGGCUCGAGUUCGCCGUCGGCCAGGCGCUCGGCGGCCACAUGCGCCGCCACCGCGCCGUCGCGGCGGCAGGGCCCGGCGUCGGGCUUGGCCUCAGCCUCGGCCUCGGGCCGAACGAGGACGGCAACAAGAAGGCGGCGGCGGCGGCCGAGCUGGCGCUCGACCUGAACGAGCCGGCACUGGAGGAGGAGCCGGCCGAUCGCGCCAUGCUUGGGCUCGCCGUGGGAUUCCCCGUGGUGGUUGACUUUCGACGUUAGGUUGAACAGAAGAAAUUUGCGUCUGAACCAUACAAAAUUUUGUACUAGUUCAAUACGUAUUUGCAUUGAGCUGCUGGAGAAGUCAACGACCCUUGGAACAUUAGAAAUGCUGGCUCGCGUAUAUACUUUUCUGAAGUCUCAGGGGCAGGGGCUCUGUAUUUACAAUGUUUGACUUCUGGCGGUAUUUGUAGUACUAGACGGGUUUUUUCUCUUCUGUUUCCCCUUUUUCCACGGGGAGUUCAGUUUUAUUUUAUGCUCCUUGGAGGCAUAUCUACUACGUACGUAUGAAUAUGGCUGUAAACCUCUCGAAUUACGAGAAUAUUAUACCAGGAUUUAUU